CCCAAAUAGCUCUGAGAAAUCUUUUAUGUGUCCAACUGCUAGAUAUUGCUCACAUGCUCAGGGUCAAAGCAAUCGCCAGAUCCGGGGUCAGGAAAGAAACUUCCCUUGGGUUAGAUUGCCAAAGACCUUUUUUUUGUAGUAUGGAGCAUGGUCUACUUUCUAAAAUCACCUAAGAAUAUUGGAGCUACAAAUUCCUACCAUGGCCAAGACAUGGUUUCUCCUGUUCUUUGCCUGUGGCAAAUUGUAGGUUCUGUUUACUUACAUGCUUUGCGGCUAUAGUACGCAAGAGGGAUGGGGCAUUUAUACAGGUACUUUUUUCCUUUAAUAUUUUUCUUGGGUUUUUUGUUUUGUGUUCUGUCUUUUUUGAGUCCUUCUCAGAGGGAAGCAAUCCAGGUCUAAACUGAUCACAAUACCUACUCCCCCCAAGUCCCUACUCCCCCAUAUAGUGCAAAGAAGCCUCAUGGGGUACACACUCCUGAAGUGGAACAGAGGCGAUGAAGAGAAUGGGUUGUCUGGGGAGAGAAAUCUCAUAGUAAUGUGACAAGUGUCCAAGACAUUUUCAGAGUGCAGCAGUAUUCAGGAUAACAAAUGGGACUGCUCCUUUUCAAAAGUGAGGGGGAAGGUAAAAUUAAAGGUGGUGUGAUAGCUUACAUCAGCUCUUCCAGCUCAGCAUCUAGUCCAGCCUCUUGUCACAGCGAGAGUUCAGACAGUGGUUUCCAGUCAUCCUCUUCGCCUGUACCAUCUUCACCAAACAGUUCCUCCUCUGAGAGCAGCUGUAACAGCAGGAGCAGCGAGAGCUCCGACAGCUCGCCAAAGAACGAUCGACUAGAUGAUGCCAUUAAAACAAACCAGUCUAAUGUUGCUGGAUUGACCAAGGGCCGCAGUAGUGUCACAAAAUUCAAUGGCAUGGUCCUUCUGUGUAAAGUCUGUGGAGACGUUGCUUCAGGAUUCCAUUAUGGGGUUCAUGCUUGUGAGGGCUGUAAGGGCUUUUUCAGAAGAAGUAUUCAGCAAAAUAUCCAAUAUAAGAAAUGCUUGAAGAAUAACAACUGCUCUAUAAUGAGAAUGAAUAGGAACAGAUGCCAGCAGUGCCGCUUCAAAAAAUGUCUGUCUGUUGGAAUGUCAAGAGAUGCUGUUAGAUUUGGCCGCAUUCCUAAACGUGAAAAACAGAGAAUGCUGAUUGAAAUGCAAAGUGCCAUGAAGACCAUGAUGAACAGCCAAUUCAGUGGCCACUUGUCAAAUGAAGCAUUAUCAGAACAUCAAGAGCAAGCCCCUGAAGAGCUCGCAUCCAAACCCCAACAAGAGCAGGAGAACAUCAAAAGUCCUUCUCCUCCACCUCCACCACCUCCUCCUCCUCCCUCCGACAUUGCCAAGGAAGAAGUGAUUGGUAUGGUGACCCGAGCCCACAAAGAUACCUUCAUGUACAACCAGGAACAGUCACAAAACCCAGUUGAGGCCAUGCAGCCACACAAUGGGGAGAGAAUUCCAAAGAACACUGAACAGUAUAGUUUGAAUAGCAACCGUUGUAGCAGCGGGCUUAAUGGCAUCCAUUGUACCGAAAGUGAGCACUAUCUCAGUGGACAGUACAAAGGGAGAAACGUAAUGCAUUAUCCAAAUGGGCACACCAUUUGUUUGACAAAUGGCCACUGUAUGAACUUUACCAACAGUUAUACUCAAAGAAUAUGUGAUAGGAUUCCAGAAGAUGGGUUUUCUCCAAAUGAGAACAUGAAUGGUUACUCAUGCAACACUGGCGGGAGAAUGCAUCUGGUUUGUCCAAUGAGCAAGACUCCCUAUGUGGAUCCAACUAAGUCUGGCCAUGAAGUUUGGGAAGAAUUUUCCAUGAGCUUUACUCCUGCAGUGAAAGAAGUUGUGGAGUUUGCAAAGCGUAUCCCGGGGUUCCGAGAUCUUUCGCAGCAUGACCAGGUCAGCCUUCUAAAGGCUGGAACCUUUGAGGUUUUAAUGGUACGGUUUGCAUCUCUGUUUGAUGCAAAGGAACGUACUGUCACCUUUCUUAGUGGAAAGAAGUACAGCGUGGAUGAAUUGCAUUUGAUGGGAGCCGGUGAUCUGCUCAAUUCCAUGUUUGAAUUUAGCGAGAAGCUAAAUGCCCUGCAACUUAGUGAUGAGGAAAUGAGUUUGUUUACAGCAGUUGUCUUGGUAUCUGCAGAUCGAUCUGGAAUAGAAAAUGUCAACUCCGUGGAGGCACUGCAGGAAACAUUAAUUCGAGCGCUGCGGACCUUAAUUAUGAAAAACCAUCCAAAUGAAGCCUCUAUUUUUACAAAACUUCUUUUGAAAUUACCUGACUUGCGUUCCUUAAACAACAUGCACUCUGAGGAACUCUUGGCCUUUAAAGUUCACCCCUAGGCCUUCAGCUUUUGUUGGUACAAGGACUUGCCUCAUAUUAAACUAUUUCGUGCUCAGAUAUUUAUAUAUUUGUACAACUUGUUGGAGAGAGAGGAUUCGUUGAUUCUGAGUGAUUAUUAGAAGUUCCAUAACGAUGCAAUAAUACGCCAGAGUGAGAACGUUCAGCCGCUAGCAGCACACCAUUCAGAGUCCUCCAACCUAUCUGAAUAAUCUGUCGCAGUUCUGCUGGAGAGUUUACUGAAUAGAUGUUGACUGAGGAUUUUUUUUUGUUUUCCUCACUCAACAAAAAUAAAAAAUUCAGCUCCCUCUGAUGUAAACCCAAUACAUAAUGGCUGUGUUGGAACAUGGAAUUGGGUGGAAACAAUCCUGCACUGCCAAGGAAACGAGAGAUUUAUUUGUUUUUUUCUGCAUCUGAUUUAUGGACUCGAGGAAAGCUCUUGGUUCACGCAUGGUUUCACUGUUCUUGCACCAUGAAAUUUGAUGGAAUGAUUUCAGUCUAGACCAGCCCGUUAUUAAGUACGCACACAUGCCAUAUGUAUAUAAUAUAAAUAGAGACAUAGUGGGUGUUUAUGACCGUAUAAAGUACAGAGUUAUGUGUAUAUACAUGUAUGUAUAUAAAUAGUUCUAUAUAAAAGUAUAUAUAUACAUAUAAUUUUUUCACAAUAUUUUAAACUGUGAAGGAGUUAAACCUACAAAAGAUGGUGAUUUAUGGCAAAAUCAAAUGGAUGCACUUUGUGUAUUGCUAAAUAUCUGACCAUUUCUAAUUUUUAGAAAACAUCAAAUUUGCAUUGAAAUGCUGUAUUUGUUAAUUUAAGAAAAACUGUGGCACUAAAUGCACAGGGUCAGGUUCAGACUUUAUAAUGUCACACAGAAGUAAAAGGAAAUUGUUCAUGGUACUAGUUAGACUGAUUAUUCUUUGCCACUAAGUUCUUAUGGUGUGAUAAUGGUUAAGUUGCUGGACACUAUUCAGACUGUUCAGGACAGCCAAAAGGAAAUUAUUAGAUGAGUAAUAGACUCUUGAUUCCUCCUGGAGGAAGAUUUCAGGAAAAGUAUAUCCAUCUAAUUACCUGGAUUGCAUUAUUUAGUGUGCUCUGUGACUAUUUGUUUCUUACACUACACCAUUUUGCUGCUUGCCCGCUAGAUGAAAUUUGAAUUCUGGAAUGUGAGACAUCCCUUCAUCUUUUCAUAGUCUCGGUUUUUCCUCCUUCAUUUGUGUGUUCAAUAUUAGAUCUGUAUGUUUUAUUUUGUGUAGAAAAAGUUCCACUGGAUCUUCUGAUUUCCCCCCUGCACCACCUAUAAAAGGCUUUUUUUUUUUUUUUUAAAUGUAUGUAAGUAACAAAAAUUCCCAAAUGUUGAGGGUCUACUUUAUACUCUGAUAGUUUGCAGUCUCCAAAAGUGAUUAUUUAUGAGACUGGGUUUUUUCCAGUCACUGCAAGAAUAGAUGCCACAGAAUGUAGUUUAAAAAGCCAAAGCAGUAAAGUUCUAGGUAGUCUUGUUGCUGUCACAUAAUGUCAAAGGAAAAUGUUCUGUUACCUUUGUUUAAAUGGGCUCAUGUCAAAGUUUGAUCCUCUGAGGUUUUAGAAUUUUGUAACACUAAGUGCUCUGUUAAUAGCUAGUCCCUUCUCUUGUUGUUAAUGUGAUAUAAUAAGGGCACAAACCGGAAAGCCUUCUGAUUUGUAGAAUUCCUAUUAAGCUGGUAGGAUCAAAUCUCAAGUGGCCAUGAACCUGAUUCAAAGCUGAUUGAAGUCACUGUGUCUUCCCAAAUCAUGGUACCGGGUUUAGGGUAUGGCCCUAUAAAUCCACUUCUGCAUCAUACAAGUCAACAGGAACCCUGCCACUAUAUACUUCUAUUGCAGGCCUCAUUGUAGCAUGUACCAUACAAAGCAGAAUUCCCAAUAGCACUGCUCAAAAAAGCACAAGCAGAAAAUGGCCAGGAGGGUAAGUACACACUUGCAUUGCUAAAAAGCAGAGGGCACAGCUCUCUCCCAGCACUCCCUCACCUCCUUCAGCUGGUGUGGUGUUGCAAAAGCUACCCUUCAAUUUCCAAUUUUAUUACUUAUGGGAUAAUGGCCCCCCUUGAAUAAGCUUUUCAACCAGAUUAUACUUCCAAGGCUCUUGCAUCAUGUAGCAGGCUGCAUUCCACCAGUAUUACUAGCUUUACAGCACCACCCAACUUUUAUCCAACAAAUCAGAUUUUGAAAGGACACAACUACAUUAUAUUUUGUUGCAUCUUGGAGUUCAGGUGGCUUCUUUGGAGAUCUUAUUUUAAAAAAUGGAAGGUAAAAGUUGUACCUGGAAUUUUGGCCUCUUACAGAGGCUUCAUUACCACACAUACAUGUAUUUUUUUUUUUCUUUUCAGAUUUUUAUUAUUAAGCCUUUAGGAAUGUAUAACCAGGACUGCGUAACUACCGCUUAUUGAAAUUUUAGUUAGGUGCAAUAUAUAUGCAUAUAAAUAGAUAUUCUGACUUGUGCAAUUUCAAUGAAAUCUUCCCAUACAUAAUGGAAAAAGAACUCUGA